AAGAUCCGGAACCUCCUCUUCGGAAUGCCUGUUCCCUUCUCCAUGCGCGCAGACGUAUUCGAGAAAUUCUGGCUUCUUGUCGACAACAUCCGGUCCAGAUACGACGAGACGAACGUGAUGGGUCGCGGAAUUGACUUUACAAGCCCUUCAAGCCCAACAUGCCCAGAGCUAAAUAGAACAGACAAAAUCCCUAACGACUCCGUCCGACUCGUCUGCCUCUUUGCCCGUAAACUCGAGAAUGAGCCCUCGCGCGAGAAACAACAGGUCAAGAGACAACGCAGGGAAGGAGGGACAUGCAGCUGCAGGGUGAAAACAAAACACUUCCACGGCAUCGACGGCAUGCCAGAUCACUACCGUUUCGAACAUUCAAGCACGAGGGAGGCUGGUUGGGUUCAUUCUCACACAAUCGGUGAUUCGGACGGGACUAAGAUUAAUUCGUACCUGCAAGCAGCGGCCGCAAUCGAGGCCGCGAAGGGAUACAUGCCUGCGGAGGCCUACAGGAAUUUACAGGAAUCUACGGAGUGUGCAGUUACUGGAUGAGUAUGGGAUUUCUCUUGGUGAUGCGCUAGAUGCUGCCGGUGGAAAGUUCAUAACGAGACAGCAUGCGAACAAUGCGAAGCAAUCUGUGCUCUCUCCUAGCGGAGCGAUGUUCUUGUCUAAGAAGGUUCCUGAUUCAAAAGACACGUUGAAGACAAUAAAUCCGGAGGAUCGAGUGACGCAGUUGGCAGAGAUAUUGUCAUUGGAUCCGAAGACCGUGUGGCCGGAAACAUUGGGGAGGACAGCACACGGUACUGACAACCAUGCGAAGAAUAUUAGGAAUGAUAUCAGGUCUCCGGUUGAAAGCAUAGCGAUUGGUGGACGGACAGAGAUACCGAAGCAUGUUUUGAUGCCGCUGCUUAAUUCGAUGGCUGAGUAUAUGGACAAGACAACUGAAGAUAUAGAUGGGAAGCCGCUUCUGGAAGGGACCCUGAAGAUCCAGG